CAAUGUGAAUCAUUGAAAAGUACACGAAUCAGGUGCAACAUGAGCGUUGUAUUGAGUGACAAAAGCAGUGAUAUUUCAAUAUUAAAAAUGAAUGAAUGUCUUCAUGGUUUUGUCAAUAAUAUGCUACGCUUAUACGUGUUACGUAUUCUUCUCAAGAUUAACUUUGGUAGAAUGCGGCAUACCGGAAGAACUUCAGGAAUGUUACGUGAAUGCUAAUUUGCAAGAUUUCCAUCUCCCUAUGAAUAUACGUGUGCUGCUAGACAUCAUUCGCAAAGCAGAGAAAUAUUCUCACUCGACAAUGGAUAUAAAAACAUUAUCGUCAUCCUUAAUGCAUAGGUUUAAAUUUGAUGGCAUCAAACGCUACACGAAUGUACAGGAAAAGGAUGGGGUACUUCCUUUUGGACAAUCCAGAAGACAAAGUCUCAAAUAUAAAUUGAUAAAAAAAAUGGUGCCAGGAGAGCCUGAACUCUUUCCAUUUCAUGCGCUGACAGCAAUAGAACGAUGCACUUUGCAUCAAGCUAUCUCAAACACAAUAAUGAAAGACAGUUCGCGCGAUACAAGUUCGUUAUGUCAAGAAAUCGGCCAAAAAUUAACAGGCAAAGCUCUAUUUGCUGACUUGUGGAAUUGUCCAAGGGAAUAUGGAGUAAUCCUCACACCUUAUGGAACCAUCACUCCGGGUGCUAUUAUAGGAGCCAUCGCUGCUUCUCUUCAACAUCAGAAUGUUAGACUACAUGAAAUAAUCGACGCAAUAACAUCAGAAAGGCCCAGUGUCAUGAAUAGUGGAUUCACGGACGCGAAUCACAUGGAAGAGGUCGAUUUUAUUAUGCCGAGAAGCGAAAUGAUUCACGACAAAUCAAUGUCAUAUCUCUCCUCGCUCGAUCCAGCCAUAAAAUUGGACAAUAUGUGGCUAACAACAAUCGCAGGCGAAUUAGCGGAAAUGGUAGUAUAUCAAGGACCUAUAUUAGAUACCGAUAUGAAAAUUGGAGCCACCGGCUUCUGGAACAAUACUAUGCGUCCUAAUGUUUAUUAUUUGAAAAAUAAAAAUGGCUAUUUUGAUGCCACUCGUGCUGAGAUAGUCGGUGAUAUUGAUGGUCUCAUCAUAGCAAAUAAGGUGCAAAAGUGGAUGAACGACUUUUACAGUCUUCGUUUAAGUCAAAUCCUCGAUAUGUAUUAUACGGAUGAAGGGAUGUCUCUAUUCAAUGAAAACAUUAAAGUUUGCGACAGGAAAAAGGCUUUCUCAUUCGUUGCGCCAAAGGCAUUUCUGGAUGAACAGACAUACGCUGCGUCUCAUCUUUUGGCCUACCAUAAUGGUAUCAUGUUCCGAUCUUCACAAGUUCUCAAACGAUUGGUUGAUUACGCAGUCACUAAAUUCUCCGUUUAUGCAAAUGAUCAUCUUUUGACGGAAUUACUCUGUCGAAAUAGAAAACAUUAUCCGCAAAUAGAAACACUAAUCGUAUUCGAUGGUGCUUGGACUAAGGAAUAUACAAUGGAUUUUAUCGCAGCAUUAAUAGAUGAUUUAGAUAUAUCGAUGUAUGGUUCAAAAAUGGGGAUUAUACAUGGUACAUCGGGACAAUGGUUGCUUAAUGUAACAAACAGUCCUAACUUUGCCUAUCACGCUGUAUCGAAUUUUUCAACGAUUUUAUGGCCUGAGCACUUGAAUUUUAUUGCAACAUUAAAUACAAUAUCUAAUUACAUGAAUGAAACUUGGGAGACAAAACGGCAACAACAUAUAAUAGGAGGGCUUGGACAAGUGGUUGUAAUGUUGGUUCCAUUGACUGAGUUUUCUGAAGUAGAGCGGGAAAUAAUCUUAAAAUUAUUACGAGAAAUUAAGCAUCUCCAUCCUGAUCUGUACUUUGUAUAUUAUGUGUCAGAAAGCAAUUCUCGUUUGUUUCAACCGCUGAUAUUAUCAAAUCAAGAUCGUUUAAUACUUGGUCCUAACAUCGAUAAUAUUGUGCAAUAUUUGUCAACAAUACCGCGAACCCUGAGGCCGGUAGUCAUGUCGAAACAUGCGAAUGAGUCCUCAGAAUAUCAAAAUGAAAUAGAGGGCUAUAUAAGUCCUUCAAAAUCAACUACAUAUAUAUUGCACCCGCAAUACGCAAUUAAUGCCAAGACGACAAUUACAGUCCAUAACUUCGGAUAUGGAACGAUAACAGCUUGUUCGUGGAAUCAAUUCGAUGGUGAGGAACUUAUGACGUGUCAGCAGCUUGAUGCACAUAGAGAGAUAAGUUUAUUUGACAACUUCGAAUGCAUCGAUACACGUUGUCCUUACGUAUACCUUCGUAUACAAAAUGCCACUUCUCUUAUCAAAUGCGCAGAAAUGGAAUGUAGGUCACCGAAUCAAGUAAGAUAUAUCAUCAGGAUGCAAAAUACAUAUGAAAACUCAGCAAAUAAAAAAAUAUUUAUGAAUGUAUUUAUAAUACUUUUUUUACAUUUACAACUAUCUGUAUUUAAGAUCUGUUGAAUAAAUUUGAAAAUAUUAAA